AUGAAACGCUUACGGGUCGAACGGUUCGGCAGUGCCCGCGCCUUGACGCGCCUCACACGACCACGCCCGCAGUGCCCUUUCCUUCAGCAGCAACAGCAGCAGUUCCAGCCUCAAUGCCGCCAAAUACCCUUCUACCGGUUACAUUCCACCGAUCCGUCUGCUUCGGCCAACGAGACCAUCGAACCCGAGGAGCUUCCGGCCUCAAUCGAUCCGGAGCCAGUAGAACUCGGGGCCCUUCCGUCUCCCCCGACAUCUGCGGCAGACGACUCGGCCAAGCUCGCUGCUCUCCACGCCCGUCUGUCACUGCCCGCGCGACUGCCUCUUAAAACGCUUGCACGCACGCUCGUCGAUCCGUCGGCCGACUCAAACCCGGACUUCAACAAUGCCGCGCUGGCAACGCUCGGAAACGACCUGCUGGGCUACUACACCAGCGAGCACAUCAUAUGCACCUACCCGCGCAUCCCCAUGCCCGUCCUGCUCUCCGCCAUGCAGGCCUAUGUCGGUGACGCCGCCCUCUCCACCAUCACGCGCGAAUGGGGUGUCGAGACGGCGGCAGCGCCGGGCGGCGAAGUCGACCCGGGACUCCUCCAAUUCACACACGUCGAGCCGGAGACGGAGUUCCUGCCGUUCCGGAAACACACGGGGCGGCCAAACGAGGCGCGGGGCAUGGGCUGGCGGCGCGGCAUGUCGUCGCGCAUCGUGUACGACGACGCCUUCGGCGAGCUGCGCGGGCGGGCGCUGACCAAGGCGCCGCAGCGCCACGAGGCCGCGACGCUCCAGCAGGCGGCCGCCGGCUUCGUGCGGGCCGUCGUCGGCGCCGUGUACGCGCACGCCGGCCGCGGCGCCGCGCAGCACUUCGCCCGCGCCCACUUCCUCUCCCGCCACCUCGACCUCGCCCAGCUGUUCAACUUCACCGUGCCCACCCGUGACCUGUCGCGGCUGUGCGCCCGCGAGGGCUUCGAGGCUCCCGUCGCCCGCCUGCUCGCCGAGACGGGCCGUGAGAGCAGACAUCCGGUGUUUGUGGUUGGCGUGUACAGUGGACGGGACAAGUUGGGAGAGGGGCCGGGCGCGAGUCUGGAGGAGGCUAGGUUCAGGGCUACGGCUGCUGCGUUGAAGAGCUGGUACCUUUACAGCCCUCUGGAAAUCACGAAGCCCAGCGAGGUGGAGGACAGCACAAACCAGGGCAAGAAGUGGGUGCCGAAUAUGGUGGAUCCGGGUGAGAUUAUCGUGUAA